CUGAUCAGUGAUAAGUGAAUGGAUUAGUAACAGUAGGCCUAAUAAUUAGUUAAUUGUUCAGUUCUUCUAAAGUAAAGUUCUGUAGUAGUAGAGUAGUAAGCUAGACCUACUUUAGUAUUUUAUUAUGAGCAGUAUAGGAUAGAUGGAACACCAAUAUUCUAGAAUAGAUUAUAGUAUUUUCAGAUAGGUAUUAAAACCUGUCCUCUAUCAGAUAAAAUUUAACCAUGGUACUUGAUAUAAAUGCCUUGCUUAAAAAUGGAUAUGCCUCUUUCAUCACCAUCAAAUACAGAAAAACUGUCCCACCAAAGUUGGACAAAUCAAAGAUACGAUUGGUUAUAUAUUCUGAUUCCGAUCGAGGUAGAACACCAUAUUAUGAUUCCGAUGCCAUUCGACCAAUGGAAGACACUGAUAAGAACAUAAUGAAAUCAGCACCAAAGACAUUGCGAGCUAAAGGGUUAAACUACUCUUCACAAAAAGAAUCAUCAUUACCACCACAGAAACCACUACCAAAAUAUCAUUUUAGUCGACUUGGAAGUGAUGUUAAAGUUCUGGAAGAAAUGAUGUUUGGAACUGCUGCCAUGGCAUUUAAGGGCUCAACUCUCAAAGUACAUGUACUAAGAUCUCCCCCAAAAUUGAUGGUCUCAAAAGUGUUUAUUCCAGAGAAGCCCUGUCGAGAUAGUUUUGGAGAAUUAGAAUCAGACAACAGUAGUUUACCUGGAUCUUCUGCUGAUUUUUCCUCUGGAGAAUUUUCACUACCAAUUCGAAAGACAAAAGAAAAAUAUGUGAAGAGCAUCCCUGUAGAUGUCCCAAGCAAAGAAUUACUCUCUGAUUACAGCACUGAUGAUGACAGUGGACUAGCUUCAUUUACAUCAAGCGGUAGUCUCAGAACAUCAUUCCCCUCUCCCAGUAACAACAGCAGCUACAACAGUCUACAUCGCAGAUGGAUGAGAGCCCAAACCACAUCACUGGAUGGACACCAUCACAAGCGGUUGAAUCAAAGUUCUCAGUCCUCUGAUAACUCAUUGAGUAGGCCAAGCAGGAGCAAGUUAGCUAUUGGAAUUCUGUUUGGAAAUGAUGAGAAUGAUGAGGAAAGCAACAACCUGUUCCAGAGUUUUUUCUUCUCGCACUUUGCGCUCAUUGAAAGUCAUGUGGAAAAACUCCGUUCUGUUGUGGAGAAGGCAUAUUUCAAUACUAGAAAUUUCAUACCCACAACAAUGGAGGCUCUGGAAAAUUUCCGUGACUCCAUCUACGAUCUGUACAUGGCCCCUCGGCUGACUGAGCCCGUAUGGCUUACUAUGAUGUCUACAACCACAUACAAGACAAAAUUGUGUGAGAAGUUCAUGGAUACAUUUGUGGGGCUUGUGACAAAGUUUGAUAACAAAAAUUGUAAAUUUUUUGUGAGUACACUGCUGUCUGCUGUGUUGACUCAGCACUUGGCUUGGGUUGCCACGGUUACACCUGCUGGGGGAACACCCUCGCGUACCUACCUAGACAAACACACUGCCAAAUGGGUUGAUACAUUAGCUAAAGCACAUCCAUAUAAUCCACUCUGGGCUCAACUGGGAGAUUUAUUUGGUGCUAUUGGCCUUCCACUAAAAAUUUCAAGAACUCUUGUAGUUGGGAGGAAAGCUGACAUUGUAAAACGCUUCCUGUAUGUUUUAAGUUAUUUUAUUCGCUGUAGUGAAGUCCAUGAGAACUCCGAUCCCCAGUGCCUGAGUAAGAUUGUCAAUGACCCCCAGUUUGGCGUCUCACUCUCUCCUACCAGUAGCGAAAAGACAUUAGACGGCCAAGAAAUUAGCCCAGCUGGUACUCAUUACUUCAGGCAAACAAGCAGCGGACAAAUCAAACCAACAGAUAAAACUUUCACCUGGGGUAACUGUGAAAGCGGGAACCAGGCAAACAGUGAACUCUUAACAUCUCCAGGCUACAACUGUGAAGAGAAACAUAGUGAUUCUUUCCAGGACAGGAAUAGUGUUAAUAGGUUAAUUACCAGUGCUGGAGAGUUUGACUCUUUUAGUAGCUCUUCUUUUUGUUCAGUGCUGAAUCAAAAAAAUGAGGCUUUUGGCAGCAAUAAAUUAAUUAGUCCGUCAGAUGAGGCGGUACAAAGACCUGAAUGGGCCAACCCAAAUGGCGUUGUGAGUAAUGCUAAUGUUGGUAUUAGUGAGCUACACACGUACACUCCAAAUUCCCUCCCUGUCUGCAGCAUAACAUCUGCCAAAAUUGUUGAAUCUCCCAGAAUAGAAAAAGUUAUCAAUGUUUCAAAGGCCCCUCGCAGUCCAAUAGAUUUCUCAUCAGAGCAUAGCUUUGUGAGGGCAGAGUCUUUCUCGGAGGGCAAGUCAACUCGCAAAUCUCGCUUGAGCCAACAACUUGAGAGCUCAGCUGACACGCGAACAACAGUGACGGACAGCCCUCACAGCUGUUUGAAUGAGGACGCUGAAACAAAAGUUACCUCCAGUGAAGCUGAAUUCUCUUUAGGAUCCAACUCAUCUUGGCUGUCUAAUGAAAGCAGAAAAGAAAAUGAACCUCUAGCAAAGCUGAGCAUCAGCAGACAGACAAGUCAAGACCAUAAACCACCUCGACCGACCACUUUAACAAGGGGCAGGUCUAUAACUCCUACAGAGCUGAGUAGGAGGCGCCAUUUGUCUUCUAAUAGCAGCAUUGAUUAUGAGGCCUUUGACCCAGAGAUACACUGUACAGAAAUUAAAUUACCUAGUGCACUCACAGAUUGUGGUCAGUGGCAGAUUAAGGCAUUUGAUCGCAACUUUGGCAGAUCUUUGCUUGCCAGCUACACUGACCAUUACAUGUCAGACUUUGUCCUGCAUGGAACUUCAGAUACUGAGUAUAAAACUCGUUUGCUCAAUGACCUACAAAUGACUGUUAAGCACUCAAUUUUAGAUGAACCAAUUGAUGAAGCUGUGUGUGUCAUUGCAGAUACAGAUCACUGGACUGUUGAAGUGGCUAGUAGCAAGGUGAUGGGAAUGUCCCCCUCAGGUUGCACCCCUUGGACAGCAUCUAAACUAGUAGCUGAUAUGAUUGAGUCUGUUGUUGAAAUUUCCAAGCUCAAAAUGAGUGCAGAAUUUUGCCUGAUGCAUUUAGAGGACAGACUACAAGAAAUUUAUUUUAAAAGCUCGAUGCUGUCUGAGUAUCUACAAGGUGCACCAUACAACCAGAGAGAGCUUACAUCAAUGCUCGGGUUUGAAAGCAGUGAUAUGCCUUUAUUAUUGGCCAUUGCUGGGACGCACAAUCCAAACCUGUUGUCAAGUUCAUAGGACACUUGAUACAAAAUGCUCUCAUGAUACAAAAUCAUUCAAGAUGAUCCAUGGUACAAGAUAUUUAUCAUCAUUCAAGAUGAUCCAUGGUACAAGAUAUUUAUCAUCAUUCAAGAUGAUCCAUGGUUCAAGAUAUUUAUCAUCGUUCAAGAUUAUCCAUGGUAUAAUAUUAUUUUGUGAUACAGGAUUCUUCUUUAUUCUAAGUGCUUAAUACAAGAUCCUUCACACAAUAUGCUUCCUGAUAUGAAUGCAUUCUGAUAAUCUUCACAAUCCUGCUUCACGAAGUAUAUGAUGCUUCAUGCUACAAGGUGCUCAUCAAUAUGUAUAUUUUGAUGCUGUCAGCACAUUUUGACUGCUCGGUUGCCAACUUAAAGCAGUUCACCAAGAAAUUGUAAAUGUGCAUUAUGGUCAAAGCUCAUGGCUGUGAUUUUUGUAUAUAGCUAGGUUUGACAUUGCAUACACCAUCAGUCAUACAUGUUAGUCCAUAGGAAAAACCGACAUUAAAAAAGAUGUUUUUCUAUCCCCAUCUCAACUUAUAUUUAUUAUAAAUUAUCUGUUGCAGUCAUAGUCAUGAAGUGUGAACUAACACUAUUUUAAAGUGUAUGGGUGAAAUAUUUCCUGCUAUUGCUUGAUGAUAACAAACAUUUGGUUUUGAUAGCAGAUAUCUAAACUAAUCUUAAGAAAUGGAACAAACUUAUAAUUUAUAGAAGCAUUAGUUUCAUAGUGAUUCACAGUGUGAUAAACACCUACUAAAGAAUUCAAUGUAUAUUUUGAAUAUUUGUAGGGAUUAAAAUUCAGAUUGGAAAUUUACAAAUCUACAUAGAUAAUUUAAAAGAAAUAGCUCAUGUGCAGUUAGAUUUAUGCUUAAAUUUACAUUUUUUUUAUUGUGCCUAAUGGUGUUAAAAUAUAGUUCCUGUUUUAAGGAAUUAAAUGAUCAACAUAACAUACCCUUUAAUUAGAGCUUCUUGAAAAUGUCCACUAUUAAUAAUAGUAAUGCAGCUAAUUUAUUAUAGACUUUUACAAAUAUCCUUAACAUUCAGGAAAAUGUGUCUGUGUGAUGAAAAGAAUGAUUGUAGUGUAUUUAUCUUGUCCUCUUCAACUUGGUUUAUUGAAACAAAUGUUUUAAUAGUAUUUACCCACAAAUAUAACCUUUUAAUUGAGGGAGUGGUGCAAUUGUUUCAAAUCCCAUGUGAUAACUUAAUGUAAAUAAUGUUCUAUAAUGUUUAUGUUGAAUUCUUUCAUGUACCGGUCUAUUGUUUAUCAUCAAUGUUGUAACUCUAAUUACUCUGAACAGUGGUCAAAUUUUCUGAAAACAAAUGAAACAAUACCAAUCUUACUUGUACAUAGAUUCAUGGCCUUGAUUUAUAAGACAUGAGAAAUCAGAAUUUUUGGCUCAACAGUUUAGAGAGUUAGAGUACAAUGGUGUAAUGGUAAAUGAUCAAAUCAACUUUCUUACAUGUGGGUAGGAAAAUAUUUAAUAAAGUCAAUUGAAAA